CGUAUGGUGAUCUACGCCAUCUACGUUCUGCGCAAAUAAGAAAUAUGGCAGUAUAUAUGCUGAGGUUGAGUAAAGUAAUUGGCGAAUCGGUUUGGGGACAGCAAUUAACGAAAGAUGUGCUAAAUUCUUCACAGAGAAUAUCAAAUAAGGUCAUUGCAUGUAAUAAUGUUCCAGUAUACACACCUAUUACCAUAAGUCAUAGGAACACAAGUUUCUUCAAUAAGUUAUCAGCUGAAGCACUAUGGAAGGGGGUAACAAGUGUCAGCAAUGCCGGCAGGAAACGUGGUCGAGGAAAAGGUGUUGGGAAGAAGAUGGCCAAAAAUCUCAACAGAGGACAGGUCAUAGGCGUUGGCAGAGAUAACAUCAUAUGGCCUGGCUUGACUGUGCCAGUGUUACGAGGCAGAGAGCUGGUACAGCAGCAAAAAUUGCCAGAAGAUCCAGAACGUGAGAAGAAGCUAAUAAAAUUGCGGGACGAUAUGGGCAAUUUCCGGCCUCUCAAAUUAAGUCCUAUAGAACGGGGCUGGUCAGGAGUAAAGAUGCCCGGUAGGAGUAUUGGUCCACCAGAUCCAGUUGGGGAAGAAACAUUUGAUGGUUUUGAUACAAGAGUGUUAGAGCUGAAAAGUGUAUUCAAUAUGAAAGGAAACUUGGGACGAAAGCGACAGAUAAGCGCAUUUGUGGUGACAGGAAACAAGAAUGGGUCAGCUGGAAUUGCACUUGGCAAAGCAGUGGAAUCCAAAGCAGCUCUUCGGAAAGCAAAGAACCGUGCAGGCCAAAAGAUGGUGUACAUAGAAAUAUUUAACAAUCAUACGGUUUAUCACAGUUUUUUCUGCCAGUUUGGAAAGACAAAAAUCUUUGUUACCAAGAAACCAGAAGGUUAUGGUUUGGUAUGUCAUCGAGCAAUCAGGACUGCAUGUGAAGUAAUUGGUAUAAAAGAUCUCUAUGCAAAGAUUGAGGGCUCCACUAACCUGCAGCACAUUAUCAAGGCAUUCUUCAUUGGGCUACUUCAGCAGAAAACACACCAAAUGCUAGCAGAGGAGAAGAAGUUGCAUGUUGUUGAGUUUAGAAAGGAGAAUGAUUACUUCCCCACUGUUGUGGCAUCUCCGCCAACCUGUCGUACUCAGGAGGAGAUCAAACCAAAUGAAGUCAUGGACUAUACACAGUAUGCACUGGGGGAUCGUGUAUUUCUCAAGAAGAAGAAAGAACCUCCAUUUUUUACAAAGCUACCAUCAUGGGAAAACUACCUCAAGAAGUCACAGUACACAAGAAACAGAGACAAGGUUAAAGUUACUUUGCUGGCUGAAUAUGGUAAAGUCCAGAGUUUCUAUGCUGAAAAAUAUCCUGAGUGUGUACAUGGAUAUAGAGAACCAGAAGAGACAUAAGCAGAGUGAUAGCAUCCAACCUUACAGGUUAUGUCUGUGUAGUCUGGGAGGUGGGUAUCAGCAUUUCAGACAAACAUACUGCCUUACAGUGUGUUCCUUCAAAACCGUUGUACCCACCCAUGAGAUAACACAGCAGAAGAGCACAAUGAAAUACCUUACUGUGCUUGCAGCAGUUUGUAUAAUAGAGAUGGCAAAAAUUACAAUAAAAAUGCAUGACUAAUGAAACUUU